UUUUUUUUCUUCAUUUUCCCCUGCACUACAAAUCCAUAGUUUUCAUCUAUUCUUAUAUUUUUAUAUACUUUAUUUAUUACUUUUUUUUUUCUUUUUAUUAUUUUUAUUUUUUUCAUCUUGCAUAUCAAUUACGUACACCCAUGCAUAAUACGGCAACAUCCAUUCCCUGUAAAAAAGCUCGAUCUAAUUGGGUUGGUUCUUCUUCACUUAUGGAUAUAUGUGGUCCAGAAGACAUAUCACCACCAGCAACUCCUCCAAGUUUUAACUUUAUUGGGCCUUCAAGUCAACGAACACCAACACCACAACGACCAAGGCUCUUUGAUACCCGUACAACUACUUCUACUACUACUUCUUCUGCUUCUUCUACAUCUUCUUCUUCUUCUUCUGACCAUCUUUCACAAUUCGCAAAUACUUGUAAUGAUGCUCAAUUAGAACAUAUACAUCAACUCAAAACAUCUUUUCAACAACUUGAUCCUCAACAAAAACAAUUCUUUUUAUAUGAAAUCAUCAACUGUUGUAAUAGUACUCAACUGACUUAUCUCAACAAUUUGAUAGCACCAAGAUUGAAAAUCGAUUUUAUGAAAGAACUACCUAUUGAAAUAUCUCUUCAUGUUUUAUCAUUUAUUGAUGAUCCCAAAACAUUAGCAAGAGCUGCUUGUGUUUCUACUUUUUGGAAUUCAUUAUUACGGGAUGAAGCAACUUGGAAAUCUUUAUGUAUGAAACAUCAAUAUCAAAGACGUAAUUCAAAUAUUUGUGGUGGUGAAUUACUGGCUCCUCCAACACAAAGGCUCAACUUUUCUUAUCGACAAUACUUUAAACGAAAAUAUAACAUUGCAGCAACUUGGGCUCAUGGUGGACGAGUCAAAAUAGUGGAUGAUGUCUUUGUUGGUAAUGCCUUGGUUACUUCUCUUCAAUUUGAUAACAAAUAUAUUGUCGUUGGUUGUGAUAAUCAUCGUAUCGAAGUAUUUGACACACAGACAGCAAGAAAGGUGCGGACUUUGGAAGGUCAUGAAGGAGGUGUAUGGGCUUUACAGUUCAAGGGUGGCGAUAAGUAUGAUCCUGAACGUACUUUGGUUUCUGGUGGUUGUGAUAGGGAUGUACGAGUAUGGGAUUUAGAUACUGGAAGAUUACGACAUGUGCUUCGUGGACAUACAUCAACAGUUAGAUGUCUCAAGAUGAAAGAUAAACGUACGGCGGUCACUGGAUCAAGAGACAUGACUAUACGAAUAUGGGACAUAGAACGAGGUAUAUUAUUACACGUUUUACUGGGCCACCAACAUAGUGUCCGGUGUUUAGAAAUUCAUGGCAACACAGUGGUAUCUGGAUCAUACGACGCAACUGCACGCAUUUGGGAUAUCCGCACGGGGCGAUGUCUUCAUGUUUUGGAUGGUCAUCAGUCUCAAAUCUAUGCUAUUGUUUUUGAUGGCCACAAAGUAGUCACUGGAUCUUUGGAUUAUACAAUCAAGGUAUGGUCAGCGGAAACUGGACAAUGCUUGGCCACUCUACAAGGACAUACUUCUCUAGUGGGACAACUUCAAUUGACUGGUUCGACUCUUGUAAGUGGUGGCUCUGAUGGAUGUCUUCGUGUUUGGGAUCUUCAACAUUACGAAUGUAUUCAACAAAUCUCGGCUCAUGAUAAUUCAGUAACUUGUCUUCAAUUUGACGAUCGACGAAUGCUUAGCGCUGGAAAUGAUGGUCGAGUAAAAUUAUGGGAUAUCAAGUUGGGAAGAUUGAUUCGAAAUUUCAGCACUCCUGGAAAGACAGUAUGGAAAUUACAGUUCAACGACACAAAGGCGGUAGUAUUGAAACAACGUGAACAUCCGGAAUUACAUACAGUGAUGGAAGUACAUGACUUUGAUGUUAUUGAUGACGAUGAUGAUGAUAAUAAUAAUAAUAAUAACAAAGAUCAAGGUGGAAGUGACAACAUUGAUAACAAUCAGGUUUAUGAUCAUGACGGUACUGUAACAACAGCAACUUCUUCGAAUUCGAUGAUGAUGGAUAUGGAUUGAUCUCUCCCUUUCUUUAUAUAUAUAUUUUCAUCUUAUUAUUCCGCUUAUUUUUCAUUAUAUCAUUGUGUUUCCUUCCCCUCUCCUCUCCAUCAUUUUAUUCUUAUUAUUUAUGUUCAUUUUUUUUUUUUUACUCCCAUAUAUUCCAUUUUCUCUUUGUACAAUGCCAUUGCUUUUUUCCCCCCCUUUUCAAUUCAAUUUGCCCUAUUUACAUUCGACCAUCCUUUAUUGUUUUACCUAGACUAGUUUUUAUUUUUUUUUCGAUGUCGGUUUACCUGUUUUAUUUUAUUUAAUAAAGAAAUGCUCUUAUAUACAUAGAUGAUGAUUGGUUGUAGAAGAUGUGUAGAGAUUAUUAUUGGAUCAUGAAAAAUUGCAUGGAUCCUUUUUUGAUGAUGAUGAUGAUUAUGAUGAUGAUGGUGAUGAUGA